AUGCCCAAACCGCCACUCACUGCGACCCAGGAGUCGCGCCUGAUCCGGUACCUCGACCAAGAGCUCCUGCGCCUCUCUGGAGGGUUCGAGUCGCGUCACUCGGGUCCAUCCGCUCGCCUCCCGACCCUCGCCAGCUUCCUCGACACGAUCCUCCCGCUCCUCGCCUUCGUCCUCUCGAUCCCGGCCGCCCCACCUUCCCACUCUCUCCGCGUCGCCUACCUCCUCCAGCUCACUGGCUACCUCGCACCGGCCUGCGACGGCUACACCCUCGACGACUCGACCCUCCCGCACCUCUUUGACGCCCUCGCCUGCUUCGACCACGGCUGGGCUGCCGUCCUCGAGGGCCGCGACUGGGACUCGGCACGAGGCGCACCCGCACCACCCUCCCCUGCACCACCACAACGCGACGCACACCAAGGCGCCCCACCCCUCCGCACCACCGACCGCGUCCGCCUCGACUCGCUCGUGCGCGACCUCCAGGGCGUGCUCGCCGUCUCGCUCGGCCUGCCCGAGUUCGUCCCGCUCGAGAACGACCCGUUCCAGCAGGUUCUCCGCCAGCGAGACCUCGUUGCGCCCCCGCGAGUGAGCGAGCCGGACGAGCGCCACGACGGCGACGACGAGAUGGAGCUCGCGAGUGGGGCCACGACCCCGUCGCUCAUGUCGGACGCGUCGACGGCCGGCGACCCGACCGACGACGACGCCAUGUCACUCGACGCGUCUGUCGCCACCCCGAGCGAGGUCAUCAACCCCGACGACGCCCUCGACGGCGACAACGAGGACGACGAGGACGGCGUCGACUUUGAGGAGGUCCUCCCGCCUUCUUCUUCCUCCUCGUCUUUCCCCUCCCGCACCACGACGACCACCAACUCGCGCUUCCCCGACGCCUACGCCGAUCCUCCCGCCGCCGACGGCUCCUUCUCGCUCCACUUCACGGGCGUCCCGCCGCCGACGCUCCAGGACGGCGAGCUGUCGCUCGCGGGCGGCCAGACGCCGUUCGUCGCGCAGCAGCGCGGCUUCGACCCGGACGCCGAGUACCCGCUCAGCGAGGAGGAGGGCGACCCGAUCGUCGAGGGCGACGAGCACGAGCAGGAGGACGGCAUGAGUGACGAGACGAAGAGGAGGCUCGAGGGCGUGUUUGAGCGGACGCAGGCGCUCUUGCGGGAGCUGAGGACGACGGCAGAGGCAGAGGCUGGAGCGUGAGGGAGGCGCAGUGGGCGGUUCAUGCGUGCGUCGGACGACGAGGACGCUUCGAGGUUGUCGACAAAGAGGAGGUCGACGUCGCGCUGUCGAGCUGCGGCGUCUCUCUGGGUCUCGUCUCUCUUGCUCAGUAUCAGUCACAGUGUUGUCGUAACGAGCAUCUUCUCUCG